AUGCUUGUUGUCGCCGGACCUCACACUGAUCGAUGUUCAUGUGUAGGUGAUGAAGCAUCACCCGUCUGUGGGCCAUGUUCCAAAGUUGGCCGCUACUGCGAUCGCACGACGACGGAGCGUCGUUUCGUGGCCUUUGCGGCGACUGGCGAGGCUGCUUGGUCAAAUGAAAAGGCAUCGUCCUCAUCACUCAUCACCAUCAACCGAGAGUGCCUUGAGAAGCCAGAGAUAGCCGGCUACUUUCACCACUACAUUACCCAUGUCGCGCCUUGGUAUGACCUCGGCGAUGAGUCUCGACACUUUGCGCUCACCGUGCCUCGGCUCGCGCUGGACCAGCCACUUCUACUUGGGGCCAUCAUUGCCCUGUCCGCAAUCCACGUGGCGCAGAGCACGGGCAGCGCGACCGCGAAGAGGGCGGCCGAGGUCUACCAUGGUCAUUGUAUUCGAUCCUUGAUUGAACUUGAUCAGUCGAGCGUCGUGCUCGAGAAUGGUGUCGCUUUGGCGGCUACGUGUUUGCUAAGGUCCUUUGAAAUUCUGAACGAAGUUCACGAUCCCCAACGGCAUCUUCGAGGUGCCUACUCUCUAGCGUCACAACCAGCAGUCGUUCGUGAUGGGACUUUUACUGUACUGCACCAGGCCGGAUUCUGGAACUAUCUUAGAGAGGACAUAACGUUUAGCUUGUUCGAGGGCUGCCCCUUGAAGGUGGACUUGGACUUGGCGUCCAGCAGUCUGGCCGUCACGGCGGCUCGAUGCCCGCUGGACUCGAUAUCGUUGUUGCUGGGUCAGAUUCUCAAUGCCGUACAUACGAGUACAAUGUCAUGCGACAUUUGGUCCGAGUUCCAGGAGAGAUUGACGUCUUGGUAUAGUUCCUUGCCAUUGUAUAUGCAUCCAUUCUCGACUGGAACACAGGCUGCGCGAUCGAUAGAAGGUCCAUUACCUCGAUCGUGGUUUUUGCAAGAUACCUAUGCAUCAGCGAUGCAUUACUUCUUGACUGCCACAUGUGUUCUCACCACUUGUGCUUCGGAGAAUCAGCUUCCUCACAUGGCGCAGCUUUCUGGGAUUGGCAAGGACAAAACACCUUCCAAGGAGGAUAUACUUGAAUACAGUUCACUUAAUAUUUGCGGGAUUGCUUUCACGACCAAUACACCAUCCGUCCUGGUCAAUGCAUUUGGUCCCAUGUUCUAUUGUGAGUCAUUUUUGAGUUUGAAGGAAUGUGCCGAGGCUUACUCGAUCCCCCAAGGCGGCAAUUUCAUCAGACAGGAAGCAGCACGGCAGGAAAUAAUACGGCAUCUACAUGCGUGCAAGAAAAUUGUCGGCUGGCCUGUGGAGCGUGUUGUAAAUUUGCUAUGUAAUGAAGUUGCAGAACAGAAAUAA